CCUCCUCCUUACUCCCCCUUUUAUACGCGUCCAGGGUAGUAUAAUAAGUGAGCCUUCAAAUGCGUACAUCGCUACUUAUUAAUGAAAGUGGGUCUGGCGAUUUGUGGUUUUUGAUUUUCCGAAAACAUUGAUUGUUUUGAAACCGAAACAAUUGAACUUUUAAAUGAUACUAAUAAUGAUAGGGUACAGGAAGGAUCUUAGGAGUUAUAAUAGCUUGACACGAAUUUUAGUAAAGGUGCGAUUUUUUGACGCCAAGUGUUAAAUGUAGUAAUGUAAGUAAAAUGUAGCUUGUCGCUGCUAUCGUCGUUUCCCAUGUGACUCCAUAGCCAAACAAAGUUCAACAGAUUCAGUAUGGAUGUGUUGGAGCAGCCAGUCAGGAUCGCAAAAGAUUGCUGUUGGAAUCUUUUUUAUGGAGUCUCGCGAGUACGUUGCCGGCCAUUAUUUUUUAUCGAUCGACCUAGUACUGUUCACGCUCAACCGAACGCGAUCUUGUAAUAUGGAUCGCGGGAUCGCCGAUCUAUUUUCGAUCGUCCGGUGUGGAUGCGGCUAUUGGUUAUUGGCUACGUUGAUUAGAUAAUCCAGAUCCGAUAGAACGUGUCGGGGUCUCCUUUAGGCCAUAGGCAAAUUUUGUCCGAAAGGUGAUCUGCGUAUUACUUUAUAAUUUAUAUGUAAUUUGUUUCACUUCAUUAACUAUGUAUAAAAAAGGUGAUCAAAAUCGAUUUAGGUUUAAGAUGUUAUUUACAGCGAGACAUCAAAAAUGUACGUUUUUAAAUAAUAAAUUACAUUAAUGAAUCGUAAUUAAGACUCCUUCUUAUAUAUCAUUAAAUAGUAUUAGUGUUAUUCAAGUUAGAUUUAUUAGACGAGCCCAUUUUGAUCUGGUUUUACUGACUUACUGUAUUUAUAGGUUAUCGAAUAAACAGAUGCUAUAAUCUGUGAUGGCAAUUCGUCUUUAACUCUGUGAAGAUAACAUUCGGCGCACUACAGUAUGGCAUAUGACAUAUGAAUUAUAAACACAAAAUUAAUAAAUUAGGAUUUUCUAUUAUUAUUUGACUGAUUGAAAUAAAAAUAUGAAAUAUUUAUUUAAGUAAAUAGUCGUUUAAAUACAAUGGAUUCAGGAACGCCUGAUGAGGCUUCCCAGAAUGUUUUAAACGAGUCAAGCGACGAUAUCACAAUAACAAACAAAUUCAAAAGCCGAGCAAAGAAGAGAAAACGAGAGUCUAGUACAGAGGACGAUGUCCUUCCAGAUAAUACUCUUGAAAUGGAGAAAAAUCUUCACGCCUCAGCUGUAAGAAAUAAUUUAGACGAUACCAGUGUGAAAAAAAUACUAAAAAAAGUGGUAACAAAUGAUCAUGUACUGGCUUUCGUCAAAAUGCGUGAAAAAGAAGAAACGGUAGAGGCUGGAGAAAAUGUGCAACCAAUCACCAGGGCUAAAGCCAAGGAAUUGAUGAAAGCCUCACCUAAAUCAGCACCAUGGAAUUUAGAAUUGACACCAAUUAAACAUAUACAUGUUAAAACAAGACCAGAGGUAAAAGCUCUCAUUGCUCAAGAGCUACCCGAUGAUGAAGAUGAUGAAGAGUAUCAGCCAACUAAUGAUGAAGUUCAGAGUGAUGAUGACCAUGCUACUUGUAGUGACAUUGAUUCUCUCCCGGCUACACCUUCCACACCUAAAAGCCAAACAAAAUCUGAAUCUACAGUUAUCACAGAUGGACCAUUUAAAGUUCCACAGGAGACAGUUUCCCAGGCUCGCAGACAACUCGUUCUGGAAGAGGAAGCUACAAUAGCUCUUCGAACUCGCUCCAAACUGAGCCUUUCAGAAACUCCGAUAGAGCAUAUAGAGAGUUCUUUUGUACCGCCAGAUGAUAUACCACACCCAGAUGUUGACGAUUUGUGGAAUGACUUCUUAAAGGAGUGCCUCAACCCAGCAGCCAAUACUAGAAAUGAGGAUGAUGAUGAAACUGACCCAGAGUAUAAUGUGGCUGCUGAUCCCGAUGCAGUUGAAGAAGAUGAAGAAUCCCUUGAGAACAGUCUGAUAAAGAUCUCGAAAAAGGAAUUAAAUGACUUGGUCACAGAACUGUUUAAUGUAAUGCCCGAAUCAGAACUUACUCCAGAAUUGAAUAGCAGCGAACAAAUUAAUAAUAUUCAAAUUAAUGGAAAAGAGCCGUCUUCCAUAUGGGAAGGUAAGCAAGAACCAAUUUCCGACGAGGAUCGGUCUUCCAAAAGACUUCAGUUUGAGAAAAAUGAUCCACCACGACUUUCUAUUGGAAAGACAGAACACGAGGAAAACGAAGUGAUUGGUGAUAUUUUUAUAGCAGGACCAAUAACAGUAGACGUCAGAGAAGAGCAAGUAGAAGAGUCAAUGGACGUGGUGGAACCGCCGCCAGCUGUUCGAGGUGCCAUCGAACCCUCUGAUAACACCCUGAAGGUUGUUAUUGAAAACGAUGUGAUAACAGAUGAGCAAAUAUUGAUACUUCAACAACAGUUGCGCAUGCACAUACAAAUAGCGACAUCGAAUUUUCUUUUGCUUUUUGUCAAUCCAGCAUAUUGGACUUACGCGCCCAAAUAUAAGGAGUAUUUGGAAACCUUACAAGGUAUGGUGGUAAAACAGGAGAACUCAGUCGCUAGAGUGUGUAACUUGUCGCCUGCCCUUGAACUUGUCAAAAGCUGGGAGGAUUGUGUGUCAGAAGAUACGCCUGAGAAUAAGAAGAUGGUUCAAUUCAUUCAAUCCGAGGCGGAUAAAAGCCGUCGAAGAAGCCUAGGAAAGAAUUACUAUCCGGGAGAUUUCCCGGAGGAAUUCAAGAAAGUCACCGCUAACAGUUCUGUGUUCCUCUACCCUUAUUUGUUGCCUUCCGUGCCUUAUCGGGGAGUUGAAAUCAAGAGGCGAACAUGUUAUUUACCUUCUGAAGAUAAAUUAAUAAUCUUAGGGAUAGACCAAUUUUGGUCCUACGUAGAAGCGAAUCCGGAUUUGUACCCGCCCCCACCGAUAAAAAACCUGCGUCAUCGGUGGGGUAUUGGAAUCACAUUAGACCUAGUGUGCAAGUAUAUGUUCCCUUGGAUAAGCCCUAAGACCUUAGCAGGGCAUGUUUCUGCAGUGAGGAAAAAUAAACAGACUGAUCACAUGAUUACCAAAUACUUCAAAACACGAGAAGUACCUAAAACAAAGCAUGUCUUGAUUCCGUUUAACGCAGAACUGACAUUGUAUGAGCAACCUGAAUCAGAAAUUCCAUCAAUCUGGGUACGAUACCUGGCGAAAAGCAGUAAAAGAUUUAGGAAACACUUGCAAAAGAAACGUCCAACGAAUUUUCAACCGCCAAAAGGCAUUGAAAUAUCCCAGGCCAAUAUCAUUGAGAAACCAAAGCCUCCAUUACCUAUACAAUUCACACAAGAGAUCGUUUCUAACCGGAUAAACUUGCAUCCGGUAAAACCGGCUAACCCGGACAGAGUGGAUAUAGUAAUAGAACAGCCAACAAACGAAAUAGACCCCGAAAAAGAUUUAGAGCCAAUAGAAGAGCCAGAGGUCAUUAUGGACACGGAACAUUGCUCAUGUUGUGUGCUAUUGAGGAAAAUAUCGAAAUAUAAACAGAAAAGAAUAACUGAAUAUGUGAAGAAGUUUGUUGUUAAAAUGCAGUGUCCCUGUCGGAGUAUACGAUAUCCGAAAAUGACGAAUCGAUUGAAAAUAUUGUUGAGUUAUUAUAAAAAUUGUUCCAAGAAUGUGUUUAGUGAUUUGAAAAGUAGGAUCGAAGCGGCCAAAAAGCCGGGAGUUUGUAAGUUAGGUAUAGCUAAAGAAGCGGAGGAGAGACUCACUGAUGCCAAAGAUAGAGAAUUUGUAAGAACAUUUUUAAUGAGAUUAUCCCUGCGUCAAAAUAAAAUUAGGAAUACACGGACAAAGAGAACUCUGUUUACAAUUCUGUCUCGAUUUAAAUCAGACGAAGACGAUCCGCUUAAAUUAAUGGAUGACAUUUACAAAGCUUGCGACGUGGAGUUAGCGGACACGUAUAAUGAAUUUUUGGGUUUCCUGAACCCCGAACAAGCGGACCAAAUUGAUAAAUUUCGAGAGUAUUUUAUUAGCAAUGCUAUGGAUGACUUGAUUCAGAAGACUGAGGAAAUUGUAACUGAUAAAAGCAAUAAAAUUAACAUUUUGAAGUACUUGUCUACGUUGUCUCGUAAUAGUCCAUUGUCGUGUGUGAUGUGCACUAAACUUAUGGACAAUAUGCGCCAAUACCCACAACUUGCUCGAUAUUGUUUCUCAUUAUUUCCACAUCGAAGGAAAGUGCGCAUCGCGACAAGCGAAGAAUUAAAGAGUAAUUCCAAACAGACAUCGCCACAAUCUCAAAUAGCACCAAAUGAAACACUAAGCAGUAACGAUAAUGGGAUUCUAAGUUCCAACAACACUGGUAAUGGUAAAAUUACGAUUUUAAACAAAGACAAAAUAAAUGCACAGAUCGUCCAACAAGUUCACACACAAGAAAAUAUAGCCCCAGAUCAAAUAAACAACGAAAUUCAAAAUAAGCAAAUAAACAGCCAAGAAAGUGAUAAUACAGUUAGUAAAGAUAAUAAAGUGGAAGCAAGUAAUGAAAAUAGUGAAUCAGAAAACGAAAAUGAAAGUGGAACAGAAAAUCAAGAUCAAGAAAUGAAUGAAUCUGACAAUAGUGGUGGGGAUGAAACUGAACAAGGGGCUUUAAUGAUAUGUGAAGAUAAUGUUGAUGUUAUCUGCCUUUCUAGUGAUAAAAGUCAUGACGAUGAAGACGAUUUUGAAGAAAAGCCAUUGGUGGAUAUAAAAGAAGAAAAAAGCGAUGAUAACAUUUGUGAUAAUAUCGAUGAAGAAUUUAUCCCAAUCGAUGAAAAUAACCUAAAGACAGAGGUGGAUCCACUAAGUGAUUCUGAUCAAAAAAAUACAAAGGAUGUUGAAUGGGGCAGAGAGGAAGAUAAAUUAAUUCUUGAAGUUCUCAUACAGCUGAACCCAGAAGAGAGAACAGAUAAUUCAAUUGAUAAGAUAGUUGAAAUACUUGAAAAAAAGAAUAUUCCACAGAUUAUUGCAAAAACACUUACAAAGAAGUCAUUGCAUGAUAUUAGAGUUAGAAUUUUGUAUUUAUUGCAAGUACUAUUGAAAUGAAAUGAUACAAUAUAAUUUUAUAUGAAACUUUAUUCAAAUCAUUACUUAGUUCAUAAAAUGAAAAACCCCUAUGCAUAAUAUGAUUAUAGCUCAUAUCCAGCUGUUAAUUUCAAAUAACUGGUGUUCGCAACGCUGCUUUAUCUAUAGUCUAUUAGUUUACUACUAAUACUACUUAAUUUUUUUUUCUAUUUUUUUAUUCACAAAAACUAACUGCUUUUAACUUUGGAAUAAUUAUGACGUAACAAUGUUGUCAACAUAGAAAAUAAGUGCAUCAACCUACGACUGUCUAUUUUCCUUAGACCAAGAAAGAUUAUAUCGCUUAGAUUUACUGUCAUAUUUUCUCACGACUUGAGAAUUGACACUUGACAGGAGAUAGAUUUUGUUCCGACAAUGGUGUAUGGGAUUGUUUAUAUUUUUUAAAUGUUGUUUUAAAUAAAUUACAAUUAAAUAUUUAU